AAUGGAUCCAGUUCCCCCUAAAGUUAUAGUUGAUAUACCUAAAUUCACAGUGAUGGGAAUUAGCAGAAGAGUUCAUUUUGCAAGUGAGGCCAAUCCUGACACAAAUGUGUAUAUAAGAACUUUCAAAGAAUAUUUUGAAAAGAAGAUUAGUGAAGCAAUCCCUAAUCGUGAAAUCCCAGGAAGAACUUAUUGUCUUUAUUAUGAUUUUCAAGAUGUGUAAGAUAAAUCGAAAUUUACUUUAUCUAUAUUGGUUGGGGAAUUAGUCACAAAAGUUGAUUAAGUACCUGAAGGUUUGGACAUUUUUGAGGUUCAGGAUGCAACAUAUGUAUGUUUCAAAGGAGGUUCAGGAGCCAUACCAGAAGCUGCAAGAGAUACUUGGAAGAAAUUGUAUCUUAUCAAGUUAGAUGAGUGGGGAUACAAAAGAAGUUAUAAAACAGAAUUUGAGUUGUAUAGAGAAGGUUAAAAUGAUAUUGGAAAUAUGGAAGUUGAAUUGCACAUUGGAAUAUAACAGAUAUAAAAUUGA